CAAAAUUGUCACGAAAGGAGAGACUGGAAAGGCUGACUCAUUAGGGGGAGAGUAAGUGGGAGUAUGGAAUAAGGUUUACAUAAGCUUGUAUGUGACAGACUGACUUGAUUUGUAAACGUUCACUUAAAGCUCAAUAAAAAUUAAUUAGCUCUUUUGCCUUUUCUCUGCCGUUGGGGUGUGUGCGGCCGCCGGCCUUCAUUGCCAUGUCUUCUCAUAAGACUUUCAGGAUCAAAAGAUUCCUGGCCAAGAAACGAAAGGAGAAUCGCCCCAUUCCCCAAUGGAUUCGAAUGAAAACUGGUAAUAAAAUCAGGUACAACUCCAAGAAGAAACAUUGGAGAAGAACCAAGCUGGGUCUGUAAGGAGUCGCACAUGUGAUGGAACACGGCCUUCCCCC